GGUCGGACCCUUCCCUGGACCCUGCGCAAGCGGGAGCUACAUGCACCAGGUUGCCCUUUUUUUUCGUCGGAAAGCACGAUUUAUUCGUUCAUUGUUAGGUUCUUGUGUUUUUUCCCCGUUCCACUCUACGGUAAAUUGUGCGGCAAAACUCUGAACCUGUGUCACUGGUUUCGUCUUCUAUGGAAAAUGGAACCGGAGCGGGGCCGGCCCCUGUUGAUUGAAGAAAAUAAAUUAGGCGGCUACCUUGUCCAGGGAGGGAAUGUUAAACAGGUGUAUACACGGUGUUGUGGAUCAUUCCCAGUGAAAAUUGCAUUUGUGGCGCCUGUACCAGUUACAGGAUCAGUGGAUUAGUGGUGAAUGUGAUAGAUUUGGCCUUCUUCAAAUACCCCUUCUCCUCUGAAGAGAUUUUUAGGUUGUAUUUCUUCUCUGUUGGGGAUGAAAUAGAAUUUUAUAGUUAUAUUUCCUUCCUAUUCGGUAGUCACUACAUUUCUGAGUAGGCUAUUGCAACUGUUACCAUAAAUUUGUGCUUUCGGCUUUAUUAUUUAAUUCCAUUGUAUUUGUUUCCUAUUCGGUAGUCACUACAUUUCUGAGUAGGCUAUCGCAACUGUUACCAUAAAAUUGUGCUUUCAGCUUUUUAUUUAAUUCCAGCUAUUGCAACCGUAAAAUGUUACUCGGUGGACGUUCUUAAGGUGGUUGUUUAGCUGCAGGAGUAGCACAUUUCCCAUUUCCCCAGUUAAAAGUGCUGAAAUCUCUUGUGGGCUCUUUGUAAAUCUAUCUUUGUUACUCAGCUUUCAUAAGCACACAUGGUAUGCAUGUACCAUUCUUCUUAAUCUGCGUGUACUUGUUCUAAUGCACAAUAAAGUCUGCUGGUUUAAACUCAUUUGAUGAAUGGGUUGGAAUUUACUUUUGUGGAAACAGGCUAGCUGAUAAGCUGAAUACCUUAAUUGUUUAUAUCAUGUUAAGCUCAGGUACUUACUAAGUUCAUAUUUACUGGCUAGUAUGGUGUGGAAACAGGCUAGCUGAUAAGCUGAAUACCUUAAUUGUUUGUAUCAUGUUAAGCUCAGGUACUUACUAAGUCACGGCUCCACUAACUGUACGUACCUUAGUAACAAACAGCACAACAUUUUGUUGGUGACAUUGAAAGAGAAUGUGGAAUUACUUUACUUUUUUUUGUUAGGUUCAACAUACAUUACCUUCAGGUUUCCAUACGAACUGCAGUAUUCCCGUUCCUGUCUUUAAUGAAAAACUAGCUGAUACAAACUAUUAUAGUUACCUUCCUAGUUUAGAAGUUAGCUGGAGCAUGCAUUGCUGCCUCUGUUUGAUUUGUUUCUAUUUAUUUAUUUUGUAUUAGAAGGAGCACACAAACUCUGCACGCAGAUUACAGAGCCAAAGCCAUCAACGGUGGUGUUAUCCAAAAACAAACAACAGGCUGCUAAGGAAAACAGAGUAGGCCUAAUAAAAAAGCGGAAGGUGGAAAAACAAUCUACAGUAGUGCAAGAGCUACUCCCUCCUUCCCAAAAUCUAAGGCACAUAAGUUUGAUCCUAGUCAAACUGUGUUAAGUUUGGGAAAAAGGGAGAAGUUGCCUCAUUCCAGGAAGUAACACAAUUGAUCGUUGUUGCUAGCACCUUAGUAUCUCAGAAUUAAUCCUUUGAUCAGAUUGGUUUAACUUUAUGUUUUAGCUCAAUAAUCCUUAGGCCGCAUUUGGAAACUUGGGAAAAAAAUGUACUCCCUCCGUCCCAUAAUAUAAGAACGCUUUUGACACUAGUAGUGUUAAAAACGUUCUUAUAUUUUGGGACAGAGGGAGUACAACCAGAUGAAAUCUGCAAUACCUUAAAAAAAAAUUAGGUGGUGGUGGUGGGAGUUAACUUCCCACUCCACCCCAAUCUCCCUCAUCUAUCUAGAACCCACCAGACCUGUCCUGUUUGGAAGAGUUCACUCCCCACACUAUCGCAUCUCCCUCAUCUAUCUAGAACCCACCAGACCCCUCCUGUUUGUAAGAGUUCACUCGCCACGCCAUCCGCAUCUCCCUCAUCUAUCUAGAACCCACCAGCCCCUCCUGUUUGGAAGAGUUCACUCGCCACGCUAUCCGCAUCUCCCUCAUCUAUCUAGAACCCACCAGAACCCUCCUGUUUGGAAGAGUUCACUCCCCAUGCCAUCCGCAUCUUCCUCAUCCAUCUAGAACUCACUAGUCCUCUCCGGUUUGGAAGAGUUCUCCCCACUCCACCCAAUCUCCCCUACUCAUCUAGAACUCAUCAGACCCUCGGGUUUGAAAAAAAAAUCCAUAAAUAAAGAACUAAAAAUUAAUGUACUUGGAGUCUUGAACCUCAUACACGCCUGUAGGAUUUGAUAAUAAUGGGGGAGAGCAAAUGGAUGGGAAAAAGAUGGGAGGAGAUGGAUACUGAUGUUCUCGUGAAGAUAUUUAAGGAGCUAAACUUGGUUGAGCUAUCACCAGUAUCUCAAGUUUGCCGCUUAUGGCGUUUGGCCUGUUCAGAUCCACUUAUAUGGGGCACUCUUGACUUUGGGCUUCUAAAAUCCAACUUCAUUCAAACAAGAGCAUCUCCAUAUAUUUGGGUUGAUGACAGGUCUGACAAGAGGCUUGCAAAAAUACUACGGGUGGCAAUGGCAAUUAGCCGUGGAAAUGUUAAUUGUAUGAUAUUCCAUUACAAUCUGUACAUGAAAGAUGAACACCUGCAUUACAUCUCACAAAGAUCUCCUCAUCUGAAACGAUUGGUUAUGCCAGCAUGGAACCGCAUUUCAAGGGCGGGAAUAUGCCAAGCUAUUGAAAGGUGGGAAGAGCUGGAGUCCUUGACUAUGCCUACCAUUGGUCAUCCUCCAUAUAUCAUGGAGGGGUUAGCCAAUAACUGCAAGAACUUUAAAGAGCUCAAGAUCAUGGGUUCAUUUGAUCUCCUAUUUGCUUCAGCAGUUACCACAUACCUUCCAAAGCUGAAAGUCUUGAGCCUUCGUUGCUCAAAGGUGACAAUGGGUGCCUUGCAAUGUGUUCUGAACUCGCUGGAGCAUCUUGAGGUUCUGAAUAUUUCCCACUGCCUGCUGUUUGAGAUGGCGACGAAUGGGCGUAGGCAAGUGAUUCAUGAGCUAGAUAACAAAGCUCUCGAGAGAGCUUCCCGGCUGCGGGAGUUCCACCACUGCCAAAGCAGACAAUGUGUCGCAUGCCAGCGGAUGAUGCUGGAUGAAGGUAUCUUGCGGUGGUAUAGGUAUGAGGACUGGUUUUGGCGACGGGAUGAGGUGAGAUCGCUUGAUCUGAAAGAUUAUGGGAGGCUGUUUGGUGCACAGUGUGAGAUGCUGACAUCGGUGGAUUAGAUGCUAAUCGGGAAAUAAACCUGCCUCCUCAUUUUAGAAGCUUGCUGAUGAUGAGCCAGUCAUUCGUAAAUCGUAGCAAAGCAUCGGUAAGCUGUAACCCCAGAGAAAUAAUGGCAAUAAUAAUGUGCAUGCAUGGUGGUGUGGAUAGCUUAUGUUGUAAAUGGAUGAAUAGUCUGUCUUGUUUGAAGGUGUUGUUGCAUAUCUGUGGUGUUCAGAAUGUAAAACUCAGAAACAUAUGCUUUGAAGUGGUGUUUGCAUUGGACUUGGAUUCA